ACAAAAAGAGUAAACUAUGAAUAGUAAUGCUUUUUUUUUGUUGUGUAUGUAAAAGUCGUUUUGUUUUUGGCUUUCCCAAUGAGACCACUUCAUUGAUAUGUCCGUACACACCCAACACUUUCCAACCUCCCCCCAACGGUCAUAUUUCUCCGACAAUUGACAAAACGGUCACUAAACCUUCAACGAAAUCUACACCGUUCGAUUAUGUGGAUCCAACGGCGCAUAAACAUCCAGAGUGCCUCGUACAACACUCACUCUUCCCAACACUGAAAAAAAACAGUCUACUUUGAAAAGGAAAAGUGACAACUUCAAUUUUCGAAGACCCAAGGAAGAAAACAAACUAAAAAAGUCGGUGAGUAUGGUAUUUGUAGAACAACCCUGUAUAGUACAUUCUGUAGAGUGUUAGAGAGAGAGAGAAACAAAAGUGAGGGAGUGAGAGAGAGAGAGAGAGAGAAACAGAGGGAGAAACAAGAAGAAAGAAAAGGAACGAUCUUUGAGAUAUAACUUCGAGCAGUUGCAGUGGUCUCUGAGUGAAUUUCUGAUCUGGGGAUUUUGGCAAACCGGAAUGGAGAACCGGGUUUACAACAACUUUCGAGUCUGCUCAUCAACCGAGGAGAUUUUCUUCUUCCUCAAGAGCAUCCUCUGUGCAUGAUGAUGUGAAUUCGUUGGUCGUCAUUAUCAUCUACAAUUUUAGAUUUUGUUUGUGAAAGGAAUCCGAUGAUUGUUUUAAUGGUAGAUUGAUUUGAUAAAAAGUUUAUUAGAUUAGUUAUAUUCUUUCAUUCUUUUAAUUCAAUAUACAUUUAGGGGUGGGGAUUCAUUUCAUUUUUUUUCUAUUUCCUUCUCUCAACACUGCAUAUUAAGUCACACAAAAAAAAAAACAUUCUUUCAUUUGAUUUCACAAAAAUUCAUUAUUCAUCUUCAUUUAGGACUAUUUUUUUUUUAUAAAGAAAACAGAAGAACAGAAAAAAAAAAACUCCAGUUGAUUAUAUUUCAUUUCCCAUAGGAUUCCAUUUUUUUCAUCAAUUGUUGUUUGUGCAAACACACACACACACACACUUAAGACAUUUGGGUGGGUUAGAAUAUUGUAGAGGAUGUUGGCAGGUUGUUCAAGUUCAUCAUUGUUGUCACCGACCCGAAGACUAAGGAGUGAAGCAGUAGCAGCAACAGUUUCAGUACAUUUUCCCAUGAACACACAGAGACUGGACUUACCCUGCAGCAGUAGCUUCUCCCGCAAGGAAACACCUUCACUUGGACGCAGCAUCUCACUCGACAACAACAGCAACAACAACAACAAACCGAUUGAGCGCAAGAGCGGUGGAUGUUCUCUUAAGCAGAGCAUAAAGCUUCCACCUUUGGCAACAACAAGAGGAAACACAGAAGGGUUUUCAUGGAACAACGACAACAACAUAGUGAAGAAGAAGAAGAGUUUGAAGAGAUUUGCGGAGGAGAACAAGGUGGACAAGUCUUGUCUGAGCAGAGUGAAGAGGCAAAGAGGCGGAGAUGAUGAUCACAACAGGGGUUUCUGGUUUGAGCAUCUCACCGCGCAGAACUCAUCUCAAGCAUUACCCUUUUCCUUGACAUGUUCAAGUGAUGACUUUGAAGAAAAGGUUUGGUUUGCACCAAGCGAAGUGAUCUCUCAGCCUUUACAGAGUAAUAAUCCAAACUGGGCUAACUCGGUGAUAACCACCGAGUUAGCUGGUUUAGGCGAUAAGGACAUUGAGAGUAGUAGCCGUCCUGCAGCAGUUAAAGAAGCUUCAGGAUCAUCAACAAGCGCAUCAUCAGACAGUCGACACAGAGUACCAGAACCCACAAAUGGUUCACGGAAUCAAUAUUCACACAGAGGAGGCAACACGGAGGAAAGGACCAUCAACAACAAUCACAUGAACGACUCGCAGCGAGAUUUCGAGCUUGUGAAUCUGCUCACUGGAUGCUUAGAAGCAAUCAGAACAAGAAACAUAGCAGCCAUAAACCAUCUCAUUGCAAGAACAGGUGAACUUGCUUCUCCUAGAGGAACAACACCAAUGACUCGUCUCAUAUCUUACUACAUCGAAGCUCUCGCUCUAAGAGUCUCACGUAUGUGGCCUCACAUCUUCCACAUCGCACCGCCUCGCGAGUUCGAGAGAACCCUCGAGGACGACGACGCAUGGAGGUUCUUGAACCAAGCGACACCGAUACCAAAGUUCAUUCACUACACAGCGAACGAGAUGCUACUCAGAGCGUUUGAAGGGAAAGAGAGAGUUCACAUCAUCGACUUCGACAUCAAGCAAGGCUUACAAUGGCCGAGCUUCUUCCAAAGCCUAGCUUCAAGGUCAAACCCGCCGCGCCACGUGCGCAUCACGGGCGUCGGAGAAUCAAAACACGAGCUCAACGAGACGGGAGACCGCCUCCGCGGGUUCGCGGAGGCGAUGAAUCUCCCGUUCGAGUUCCAUCCCGUCGUUGAUAGACUCGAGGACGUUAGGCUGUGGAUGCUUCACGUCAAGGAAGGUGAAGCCGUCGCUGUCAACUGCGUCAUGCAGAUUCACAAGACGCUUUACGACGGAGCCGCGUUUAGGAACUUUGUGGGUUUGGUCAGAAGCACGAACCCAGUCGCGGUCGUUAUAGCUGAACAGGAAGCUGAACACGACUCGGCGCAGCUGGAGACGCGUGUGUGUAACUCGCUUAAGUACUACUCGGCGGUUUUUGACGUGAUGCACAAGCAUCUUGGAGCAGAUAGCUUGAUGAGAGUCAAGAUCGAGGAGGUUUUGUUCGGGAGAGAGAUCAGGAACAUUGUAGCGUGCGAAGGAAGUCAUCGGCAAGAGAGGCAUGUGGGUUUUGGGCAGUGGAGGAGGAUGAUGGAGCAGUUAGGGUUCAGGAGUCUUGGAGUCUCGGAGAGAGAGGUUUUGCAGAGCAGGAUGCUGCUUAGGAUGUAUGGAGAAGGUGAUGAGGGAUUCUUUAAUGUGGAGAGGAGCGCUGAAGAGGGUGACGGCGGAGGAGUCACGUUACGGUGGUUGGAACAGCCGCUUUACACAAUCUCGGCUUGGGGAAUUGGAGGAAGUUCUUCGUUUUGAGAUAAAAUGGUUUUUUUAUUUAUUAAGAUAGUAAGGAACAAAAAAAAAUUGAUUUUAUUCUUUCAUUCUUUUUGCUUGGGUAGGAAUUUUUUUUUUUUUAUGUGAAAACUUGAAGUGUUAGAAGAAAUAUUUUUUACUAGUUUAAAAUUUUUAAUAUCUUUUUUUUUUAUCAAUAAGAAAGGUGGAGUUAUUUUAUAAGCCUAGAUAAUCUACUUUAUUAGUUAUUUUUUGAGAAAUUUUUAAAAAUAGUUCUAUAUGGUUUUAUCGUAAGUCAAAAUUCAAAAUGUUUCAUUAAAAAAAUUAGAAAAACAUUUAUAGUUCUAAAUUGUUUCAAAAUGAUUUUUACUUUUUAACGAAAAUAUUUUGGUCAUUUUCC